AACAUCCCCUCGUCGAGUCAUUCACUCGGUUGUCGAAGAACGAGGGGAAUCAUGCAAGUCGAGUCUGCAGGCGAAUUUCCAAGAAACAGGGAUCAGGUGUACAACAUCAACAGACAAGCGAAGCGCCAGAAGGUUGAUGUACCCCUUUCCACUGGCGAUCCCCUUCUACAGGUGUUGGCAAAGGCGAAGGAAGAACAGCAAGGAUUGAGAGAAAACCUCUUUAUCAGAGAAAUCCCCUUGUUCCCAGAGCCGAUAGUUUUUCUCGCCACCGACCAGCAGUUAACUGAUGUAGUGCGAUUCUGCACCAAUCCUGAAGCGUUCUGCAUCUUGGAAGUAGACUGUACUUUUCAGAUUGCCGACUAUUACUACACCUUUACCACCUAUCGCAACCUGAUGUUAACUACUAACAAGGGAGUCCACCCUGUCUGCAUAGGACCCGGCAUUUUGCACAAACAAAAGCUUCUAACAUCAUACAAGACUUUGCCUCUCCUAAUGACAAAGUACAACAAAGACACUAGUGGUGUUCUAGCCUACGGAACAGAUGGAGAGGAAAACCUCUUUAAGGCCAUGUCGCAAGUCUUUGUAGACGCAAAGCAUUUGCGUUGUGACAUUCACCUGAGGGACAAUGUCAAACGAAAACUGAGUGAGCUUGGAAUAUCAGGAAGUGUGGCCGACGAAAUUGUCUGUGAUAUUUUUGGAAAGGUACUUGGAGAAGUGACUGAGGGUGGACUAGUUGACUGCACU